AUGCCGAUCCUCGGCAGCAGUCUGGUCAGCCAGCAUCACUCUCAACCUGACCUGGUUAGCACCAAGCAAACAACAGAUCUCGACAUUACCGAGUUGAGAUUGAUGCACCAUUUCACCAGCGUGGUUGCACCGGAUUUGGCCAAUGCCCAGACCGCCGAAGCGCUCGCCCUGUGGCAAGUACACGUAGUGAAGCUGGGGUUCAAACACCAUUUUCUCCUCCGUGGCAUUCUGGCCGUGUCAGCUUUCCAUUUGGCCUAUCUUCAUCCUGACAAGAGGGCCGACUAUGAAUUGAUAGGAACCACGCAUCAGAGCAUUGGUCUUUCAGAGUUCCACGAUACACUUGCCAAAGUUGAUGAAACCAACUGCCAUGCUAUGUUCGCCUUCUCCUGCUUGCUUAUAAUCCUCACCUUUGCUUCAAGCGCCAAGGAAACACCCAAGGACUUUACGACUGAUGUGCUACGUUGGUUCUAUCUGCUAAGAGGAGCAAACGUGGUAUUGAACUUGUACGCCGAAACCAUCCGGUGCAGCUUUCUGAAACCAUUGUUGGAUGAGAUGGGGCACAUAGAGACUACCGCAGCGUAUAUCUUCCCCGAUACGGAUCAAAUCACCAAGCUUUUUCGAAUCUGCAGCUCUCCAGAGCAUGACAAAGAAACAUCCCAAGCAUACGACCUCGCCAUCCAUUCACUACUUAGCACGUUUGUCCAAGCUUCACUACUUAGGCAACGGGGUGACGGAACAGUCCUGGCGACAUUCGUGUGGCCACUCAAUCUUCCGCCCAAGUUUCUCGACCUUCUAGGCGAGAAGCAACCCGAGGCUAUGACGAUCUUAGCCCAUUACUGCGUGCUCAUAUACUGGGGAGAGUCGCAUGAAAACGAUACUUGGUUUAUCAAUGGAUGGGCCAAGUACAUGCUCGCGACGGUUGAGGAGUCUCUACCUGACAGCUGGCAAGAACAGAUUAAAUGGCCGGUGACGACGAUAACGCAAAGCAACGGAGUAUGA